AUGGUGUUAAACAUGGCUUCUGAGUCUGCUCAGAAUUUCCUUCAGCCACUGUCAUCUUGGAUGUCUCAGAUAUACGAAGCUAUCCAACAAGCUGGGGGCUCUAUAUCUGCUUCACUGCUGAACUUGAGUGGGAUGGGUCGUAAGUCAGAAAAAGAGAGGAAGAGGGACUUGGAGAAUAAUGGAGGAAUUUAUGAUGACUAUUCUGAGGAAGCAGAUGAACAGCACUUGGACCUCUGCGAUGAGGAGUACUUCUAUCCUAGAGAAGAUGGUCACAUUGUUAGUCCUGAUCUUGCUUUAGAAGACAUCCCCCCUGGAUCUGAAAUGGGUCUGCAGGGGCAAAAACUGCUUAAAAAUACCACCUGCUUACCAGAGCCAUGUGCUGAAAGCAUCAGGUCCUUGACAGCCAAUGGAUUCUACUGGACAAAGGAAGAUCUCCAGCCACUUGAUCAGCUUCCUCCCAUUGCUGAGGAAGAAGGUGAACCCUCUGUGAGGAUGGGAGGUCACAAGUGCAACCUCAGCUUGGGUGGCUCCUUAGGAAAUAAUAAUGGCAAGGCAAGUUUUGCAGAUCUGGAUGGACUGAGCCAACUGAGUUGCCAAGACAACCUCUCCUAUGGUGAAGAUGACCAUGGAUCUGGUGAUUCAAGAACAACAGUUGUGAGCAGGGGACCUGGGCAGUGUCAAGGGCCUAUGAUGGAGUCCAACAUUGUUGAUGGCAUUAACCAGCAAGCCACGGAAGGAGGUUUGGAAAUGGAGAUACCAUUUAACAGCCAGGGAUUUGGAGUAAAUGAUGCUACUGACAGCCCAUCAGCUUGGAGUCCUGAGGAACGUGAUGAAGUGAAUAGAGAACCAGCUCAUCAUGGUGCUCAUGAGCCCAUCUGCAAAUGUGGUGAUCUAGAUGUCAUCUUCAACUUCAAAGCCUCAAGCCAAAAGCUAAUAAUCACUGUUUUGGAGGCCAGAGAUAUCCCCGACAAAGACCGCAGUGGUGUGAACACCUGGCAAGUGCACACAGUCCUGAUGCCAAGCAAGAAACAGAGGGGAAAGACAAGUGUUCAGAGAGGACCCAUCCCCACAUUUAAUGAUAAAAUUACUUUCAGUAAGCUGGAGCCACAGGAGUUAAGCAGCCACGCCGUUCGUUUCCGCCUCUAUGCGGUACAGAAGAUGAUGGGAGAGAAGAUGAUGGGGGAGCAGUUGUUCUACUUGAACAACAUCAGCUGGGAAGGAGAAGUGAAGGUGACAUUGGUCUUGGAGCCAAGGAGUAACUUGAGUAGUGCAGACUCUCAGCUUAGUCUGUCAGCAAUCUCUCACAGUGAUAGAACAUCCUCAACACAGUCCCUGUCACAUGGAGGGGUGCCAGAGCUGCUCGUGGGAUUGUUGUACAACGCAACCACGGGGCGGCUGUCGGUGGAGAUGAUCAAAGGCAGUAAUUUCCGGAACCUUGCAAUUAAGAGGCCACCUGACACGUAUGGAAAGCUCUGCCUGCUCAACUCUGUGGGCCAGGAGAUGUUCCGCUGCAAGACCUCCAUCCGCCGAGGGCAGCCCCACCCCGUGUACAAGGAAACUUUCAUCUUCCAAGUUGCUCUCUUCCAGCUCUCUGAUGUCACCCUGAUGAUUUCCAUAUACAACAGGCACAGCAUGAAGCGCAAAGAGAUGGUUGGGUGGAUUUCUAUGGGUCAGAACAGCAGUGGAGAGGAAGAGCAAAGCCACUGGCAGGAGAUGAAGGAGUCAAAGGGGAUGCAGGUCUGCAGGUGGCACACGCUACUGGAGUCCUAGUGGGUACCAGGACAGCCUUGGUACCCUGGGCUCU